GCAGUACGCACCACCUGCAGGCCUAGGCCUGGUUUUGCUUUAAUUAAGGCUUAAAACUUGAAAGUAAAAAGUAGCUACAUAUACUGGAAUGCAAGUCGCGUGCAGUUGUCACUUUUUGGCACUUGAUGCGCGCACUUCGCAAGGUUAAUCAUCGCCAACUGCAUUCGGCCACUGCCACAUACUUCGCAAAACAGCAACCCGCCUUGGAAAUGGAGCACCAGAAUCAUCAUUCCGUAAAUCCCCACUAUGGGAAUUAUGGCAAAUUCGUUGUUCCUACCGCCAACGACACGGAAUUCCAGCCAUUUCCGCAUUUUGCUACCAGCGCGAUUCAUGUGGGAGCUGAGACCGAUCAGUAUGGAUUUCGACCCGUUGUAACACCCAUUUCCCUGGCUACAACUUUCCAGCAGACUGAGCCGGGAGUUUUUAACGGUUUCGAUUACUCGCGAAGUGGAAACCCAACGCGCAACAGCUUAGAGAAAACGCUCGCGGCAUUGGAAAAUGGAAAACAUGCACUAUGCUUCAGCAGCGGACUGGGUGCCAUGACCAACGUGAUACACCUGUUGGACGCCGGUGACGAAGUGAUCAGCAUGAACGAUUUGUACGGAGGGAGCAAUCGCUACUUCCGACUGGUUGCCUCCAAAUGUGGCAUCAAAGUCAACCUGAUCGACUGUACCAGUCUGGAUAAGGUGCGCGCCGCGCUGACCGACAAGACCAAACUGGUCUGGCUGGAAACGCCCACCAACCCCACUCUCUGCGUGGUGGACAUCCAGGGCGUGGCGGAUGUGGUGAAGAAGUUCAACAAGGACAUCAUUGUGGUUGUGGACAAUACUUUCAUGUCCUCCUAUUUCCAACGGCCGCUGGAUCUGGGCGCCGAUAUGGUUCAUCAUUCGCUGACCAAGUACAUGAACGGGCAUACGGAUGUGGUGCAGGGUUGUGUCGUUGUGCGGGACGAUGAGCUGUACAAACGGCUGAAAUUCCUCCAGAAUUCCAUCGGAGCCAUUCCUUCGCCCUUCGACUGCUACAUGGUACAACGCGGACUGAAAACGCUGCAUCUGCGCAUGCAGGAACAUAUGAAGAACGGCUUGGCUGUGGCGAAAUUCCUUGAGCAACAUCCCUGUGUGGAAAAAGUCGUCCACCCAGGAUUACCAUCACAUCCUCAGUAUGAGCUUAUGAAACGACAGUGCAGAGGAUACAGCGGGAUGCUGUCAUUUUACAUUAAAGGCGGUCUGCAAGAAGCCAGGGAAUUCUUGAAAGGCAUUAAGAUUUUUACGUUGGCUGAAUCCCUUGGUGGAUACGAAAGCUUGGCUGAACACCCCGGCAUCAUGACACACGCCUCGGUGCCAGAAGAUCAGCGCAAAGCGCUGGGCAUCAGUGAUACCCUGAUUAGAUUAUCUGUGGGUUUGGAAAAUAUCGAAGAUCUCUUGGCUGAUUUAGACCAGGCCCUAAGUGCUGCAGUAUUCCACACCAAAACUGCGGUUUCCAAUGGCCAGAAUUAGUUCUUCUUUGAGUUUACUACUGAUGAAUAUCAAAAUAACUAUGCAAUCGUUCUUGUGAGAUUAAACGUUAACGCAGAUGAACAUGCAACUUUUAAUUGUCUGCACUUCCGAUGCUGGCUCAAGAAAAUCCAAUCCAAAAGAUGACUUUGAUUGGCUUGUUAUUUUUCUGUCGCUGCAAUACACAUAAAUAAAAACUAACGAAAUUCA